GCCGGGGUCCGCAUACGGCCCCAACUCAGCCCAGUCCUGUGGUCCAACCCUUAUUGUGCGCUAUCUCGGUCCUCGCUGCCUUUGUGCGCAGCCUCCGCUCCUUCCUCUCCUUCUCGCGGAGCCUUUGUCCUGCCCGUGCUGCUGUUGACUUUCAUUCUUGCGCGUCUUGUCCUAUUGUCGCCGUCGCUCCUUCCGGGUGAAACUUGGCUUAUUGGCUGCUCGACGUCACCCCAACCACCCCCUUUCGCGCCGUCACUUCCUGCUAGCUUGGAGCGCGCAGUCAGCUUCUGUGACAAACGCAGUGUCCCUUCGUUGCGGCCUUUCGCGCACCAUGCCACGCCAACUUGGGGGAGUCCGGGGCGGACUUACGCUGGAGAAACUGGCAUCGUACGACGACGUGAUUACGGAUGCGAUGGUUGACAAGGUCUACUACUGGACCACUAUCCGCAAGAACCAUGGCGGACGCUUCGCUGCGUCUCGGGGCAUGCACGAGGAGGACAUUGCCGACCGCAUCCGCCAGCACGCCAUCUGGGACAAAGAACCCGCCGAGGCUGUCCAGGAGCUGCUGAAGUUGCCUGGCCUGCGCAAGUUCAUGGCCAGCAUGAAGGACGAGAAGGACCAGGAGCAGUUCAAGCGACAUCUCAGGAGAUACGUCAACAUUUACAUGCCGGAUUGCCCCUUUGAAGUCACCACCACCAACCGCUACAUGAUCACCGAGCACGAAGCCUCCAUCACCGCACGAAGGGACAUCAGCCCGCGCGAGGAGAUCAAGUACCUGACCGGUGUUCAGGUUGCGAUGACUGAAGAACAGGAGCAAAAGCUAGAGUUGGCGCGCAAGGACUUCAGUCUGGUCAUUUCGAGUAGAAAGAAGACGCGCUCGCUGUUCCUGGGACCCGCGCGCUUUGCCAAUCAUGACUGCGACGCAAAUGCAAGACUGUCGACCAAGGGCUACGACGGCAUGCAGAUUGUCGCGGCAAAGCCCAUUUUGGCGGGCGACGAGAUCACAGUAUCGUACGGGGAGGAUUACUUUGGCGAAGACAACGUCGAGUGCUUGUGCAAGACAUGCGAGCAAAGGGGGGUCAAUGGCUGGGCGCCAAUGAAGCGGAUAGAAGAGAGUGAUGACGAGGAGGAAGAAGAGGAAGAAGAAGAAGAAGCCAUAGAAGAGCAGGGCAAGAAGCGCAAGUCAGAGUCUGAGGAGCCUACGCUGCGAAAGAAGGGUCGAUUCAUCAAGAGGUCACCAGAGAAAUCGCGCGCUUCAGAACACCUGCGAGAGGCGACCCUUAGAAAGGCGCACAGCAUCUCAUCGCUCCCCGUCAGCAGUAUCGAAAACUCGGAAUCCACAUCUCCAACAAAAGCACGCGACAUCCGCAACCUACAGCGCGACGGUCUUCUCACACCACUCACCGUUAGCAUGGAUGAAAACAGCUCAUCCCGCGACACAAGCCCGCAGUCGCUUGCGCAUUCGCCAAAGUCGGCGCACUCCACCGAUGCAACCUCCGUCGAUGACGAUCUCUCGCUGGAAAGCCUUCCAAAAAUCAAGAUCGAGUCCGAGAUACUACACGAGAACCCUACUUUGGGCGUGGCUACGCUCAUGACGCAAACCACAACAACAACGGUAAACGCCCCGUUGCCCUCUCUUCUUUUCCCCGACGACGACAGUUCCUCAGAACUCAGCGAGCUAUCAGACAGCCUUGAGUUUGACAGCGAGCAUGAGCAAAUCGUCAAGCGCAAAUGGCGCCCAACACUGCGCACAACACGUUCAAAAUCUAACAUCGACUACCAGAACCGCAUCGGUACACCCAUUGAGAUCACAGAAGAUGAGGUUCCUGAGGGUUGGGUGAAGAACAAGCGCAAGCCCGGCGACUACAUGACAAGUGGUGCCUGCCUGUCGGCCAAGUACAGCAAAUGGGUCGAAUGCCAGACAUGCGACGACACGUUCGUGCAGGCGGAUGGCUACAACACGCGCAAAGAGUGCCCCCGCUGCGAACGCCACUCGAAGUUGUACGGGUUCAGGUGGCCCAAGACUGAGAAGGAUGGGAAGCACGACAAAGAGGAGCGCGUCACCGAUCAUCGUACCGUCAACCGUUUCGUGGACCCUGAGGAAGAGCGUGAGCUAAAGCAAAACAAGACGAAGAAGGUUCUCAAGAAAAGCAUCAUCGAGCGAUAUUCGACGCCCAGGAGCGAACGAAGCAGCUUAAGCACGAGUAUGGAUGUGGACACACCACCGAAAAGGAGGAGGAAGCCAGUCAGGAGGACAAUGUAGAGCGGUUGUCUUCUGCAAAUGACGAGAUGGCGAGACGGUCAAGCAUGGAGCAACGACUUGAAUGUUUCAAACCAGCACAAUUUGGCGUAUGAUAUGGGCAUAGCAUUUCGAAGCGGCGCAUGGAGUAUUCAUACACGACGUGGAACUUAUGGCUUGGAUCGCCAGUUUGG